GAGCAGGGAUGCGUUGAAAUAGGCUCGGGCAGGUCCGGGAGCCGCCGCCUUGUGCCGCCCGUGCGGAGCCGCGGCCGCGCUGCCCUCACACGCCGGCUGCUGCUCGGCCCCGCGUGUCCUGCGAGCCGCCCCUCGCCGCCAGACCCCUCCAAAGGGCUCCUCCAGCACAAGGGGAUGCUCGGAAAUGAUUUAAAGGUGAAAAUGAGAAGGUUUCCACCCCUCAAACCUUGGCCACUUUUCUGACGGCAGUCUGAGAGCUCAGAUGUCUUCUUUACUCUGGAAACAGGAUUUGUAACGAAAGAGAGAUUUUUUUUUUUCUUUUUUUUUCUACUUUUAAUCCUGAUAAAGAAGAUUAUUGGGAAGCUAUAAAAAAAUCCCUUAUUGUGGUACAGAUGGAUUUAAAAAAGUAUUAGAUCUUUCCGAUGAACACUACUAGAGUGCUCUGCUCCUGGUUGGAUUACUCAGAGAAUGGCAGUGGUCUCUGCAAUGUCCUGGGUCCUGUAUUUGUGGAUAAGUGCCUGUGCAAUGCUGCUCUGUCAGGGGUCCCUCCAUCACACUUUCCAGCAGCAUCACCUGCACAGACCAGAAGGAGGAACGUGUGAAGUUAUAGCAGCACACAGAUGCUGUAAUAAGAAUCGAAUUGAGGAAAGAUCACAAACAGUAAAAUGCUCCUGUCUACCUGGGAAAGUGGCUGGGACUACAAGAAACAGACCUUCCUGUGUUGAUGCUUCUAUAGUGAUUGGGAAGUGGUGGUGUGAGAUGGAGCCCUGCCUAGAAGGAGAGGAAUGUAAGACAUUGCCUGAUAAUUCUGGAUGGAUGUGUGCAACUGGCAAUAAAAUCAAGACCACCAGAAUCCACCCAAGGACUUAACAGAGCGCCCACGUCUGCACGGAGACAGUGAAAGCCCUGCUGAUUUAUGAGGACAAAGUAUUGAAAGUUUAAAACCAUCUCAGCAUUUCCAAGCCAAAUGGAUUUCUUAUUUGCACUUUGACUGUUUACCAGAAAACAACAGUGGCUUUACUGUGUGAAAGAAAGGAUUCGGUGGAAAUAAUGGCCCUGAUUUUUGACAGCUGAAAAUAAAAAAAAUGAAGAAAGUGGUUCCUUUGCUAAAGUUUCUGAGAUUGCAAAGUAAAAGCAACAGUAUAAGUUUGGAUCUACAAUUUACUUUAUACCAGUUAAAGUAUAUAUAUAUAUAGAAAUAUAUAUAUAUUAAUAUAUGAUAUUUUGAAAUAAAAGCCUCACUCUUCAAGAAAUUGAAUAGUACCACACUUUGCUGCAGCUGCUGUAUUUUUUUUUUCUUUUUUUGCAAUGGUCUGGAAGUUCCCUACCUGUUUGAGAGAGAAAUGUGGCAGUGAAGAGGCAAAGCAAACCUGCUGUGGUACAAGGACGCCUAAGAGCUACACGAAUCCUACUGAUGCAGCAUCCAGAGCUUCCUGUUCCCUUCGGCAGAAUUUUGAGGGCAUUUGUUGUUCCACUUUGUGUUCUGGAGGCUUUUCCCCUUGUGCAAUACUAGCAUGCUGGCUUUGCUUCAUUAACCAUACUUGAUUGAUAUAUAACGAUGAUAAUUCUAUCCUCCUCCAGGAAAAUAUUUUUAGAGCUGUUAGAUAUUCCAUGAAGAAGAGAUGGACAACUACUGAGUGAAGUACAGUAUGUAUUCAAAGUUUAUUUGGCAGAGUUUGGUAGACUGUGAGCUCCCUUCUUAUUAAAGAUGUACUGUACGUACAAUGUCUUCAGACUUUGUAUAGCUCCUAGAGACUCAGUAAAGACCCAGUAAGCACCUCCAAAGCUUUGCAUUGUUGGCUCACUAAUUCUUUGAAACAACAACAAAGCUUCUUCCUUCCAGACUGGCACAUGAGGGGAGUUUUUCAUAUGGUUUGGUGUU